AUGUCCCAGUUCAACCGCCAAAACGGUGCCCUGCCUGCCCCUCCUCUUCAACAGGCUGUCCAGAACACCAUCAACCAGAAGAGACAGUUACAGCAGUUCUACCUCCACAAGCUGUUUGAUCUCGAGCUGGACGUCGAGUAUCUUCCACUUAUUCCACAAGACCCAGUGGGAGCUGCUAUUCAAAUGCAAGAAACCAUGGCCAUGCAGAAAGCUCAAUACGGCGGGAUCAGUCCUGGCAUGAGCCCUGCCAUGAAUAGACAAGAGGCCAUGGCCUUGUACAACCAGGCUGCUCAGCGUUCGAGACGUCACAGCAACCAGUUUUUGCAUCAGCACUUGUUUGGCGGAAAGAGAACCAACUACUCGCUGUACCGCAACCAUUAA